GAGCUAAAAAGUGAUGGCCAAAAGCUUUCAUUUUUACCAUCACUACUACGAGUAAAGCAGUGUUUUCAGGCAGUAGCUGCAGCUAAAAAAGAAACUCCUGUGGCCGUUCGCACACGCCGGCACUUUCAGAACGAACUUCACAUGAGCUCGCCAUCUGAUGCCCAGCUGUCGCCAUGCACGGUGAAACUGUUCGGAAAAGGGGGAAGAAAGAUGACGAGUGGACCAACAGCGAUUCUCAGAAGCAAGCAGCACAGUGCAAUACCCUUUAACAUGAAUGACUAA